ACCAAAACCGCGACUCUCAUCAUCACCUUCCCUUUUCCCGCUUUUUCACUCCUCACAACUCAAAUCUCUUUUUAGGUCAUUUUGGUUUAGUUGGAUUCUUUAGAUUUUUUAAAUUAUUUAUUAUACUCAAUUUGAUUUUUAAUAUUUUAUAUUAUUUUUAGUUUUAAAUUUCUAUAAUUAUUCGACAAAAUGAACGUCUUUUGAAUAUUAUUUUAAAUAUAAAAUACUUAUUUUUACGCCAUAAAAAUUAAAAUGAUUUAUAAAGUAAAUAAAAAAUUAAAUUGGGGACUCCCAUUCUCUAGGAUUUUCCUUAAUCUCCUCAGACGUGUAUUCAACACUCUACAUAUAUACUACUAGUUGUAGCCUUGUAGGAAAUAAACGACCAAACCCAUGUUUUGUUUUUCUUCUUUUGGUUGAGAUUUGAAGUCCACAGACAAAUGGGGGAGUUUGAGAGUUACUUUUCUUGCUCUAAUCUCUUGUGUCAAGAAACUGAAGAAGAAGUUUCUUUUUCUGAAACAGAAGCUGAAGACGAUGAAAAUCUUUACUUGAAUGAUAAGGAUGAUGAUGAUGAAUAUAUUGAGAAGUUGAUUCAAAGAGAAACUUCUUGUAUCUCUGAUUAUCCCAUUACCAUUCGAAACAAAUGGCCGCAAUGUGCUCGCUUGAAUGCUAUUGAAUGGAUGUUUAAUACAAGAACACUCUUUGGGUUUCAAAUCCAUACAGCAUAUCUGUCUGUAAUGUACUUGGAUCGAUUUCUCUCAAAGAAAUCCAUUGAUGAUGGGAAGUUGUGGGUUAUUCGAUUGUUGUCGGUGGCGUGUUUAUCAUUAGCAGCAAAAAUGGAAGAGCGCAGAGUACCUGUUUUAUCAGAAUAUCCUAUACAAGAUCACUUUGAAAACAAAGUGAUUCAAAGAAUGGAGUUAUUGGUAGUCAGUACUUUGGAAUGGAAGAUGAGUACAAUCACGCCCUUUGCUUAUUUAUCUUACUUCAUCCAUAAAUUUUAUGGUGAAUCUAAACCUAAAGGAUUAGUCUCAAAAGCUCUGCAUCUUAUUGUGCUUAUGAUAAAAGAAAUCAAUUUGGUAGAUCAUCGAUCAUCGGUUAUUGCUGCAGCUGCGGUGUUAGCCGCUUCUUCUGAUAAAAGAUUAACAAGAAAAGCAAUGGAGCUCAAGAUGAAUUUCAUUUCAUUCUGGGGAUCUCUAGAAAUUGAAAAUGUAUUUUGCUGCUAUAAUAUGAUGCAUGAAAUAGAGAUGAGGAUCUGUAAGACACCAAAAUCUGUAGUUUCCUCAAAUUAUUCUUCAGUAUAUCAUGCACCUGAGAACUCUUGUGCUGUCAGUAAUGGGGUUGGCACUAAGAGAAAGCUUACAUUCAACGACUCUGAUCAAUGAAAAUCUGUUGGCCAUCUUUUUGCAGAUAA